ACAUUCCCCGUCAUGGUGGGCGAGAGGAGGAAUGGAAACCUGCUCGUGCACCUGGGGCCCACGCUGCAGGCCCACCCCGAGGAGCUGAUCCGGCAGCGCCGGGGCCAUGAUGGCCACACCGAGUACCUGAUUCGCUGGAGCAUCCUCAGCUUGGAGGAGGGCCCAGGGAGCAGCACCAAUGCCUCUUCGGCGGAGAGCAAAGCGGAGAACAUCCUGAUGUGGAUGUCGGCAGAGGAGGUGUAUGCCAACUGCCCGACACUGCUGGGCAAGAGGAAGCCCGAGGGGCAGCGGGUGAAGGAGGAGAAGGCGCCCAGCACGUUCCCUCCGGACGUCACACUGGACGAGGCCUCGCUGCUGGAGAUGAAGGCUGACGUCAGGAACCUGGUGCAGCGGGCUAGCCGGCAGAUGGCCGGGCCCACGGGCCCGGAGUCCUCCAUCCUCAACACCAUCCACGUGCUGAGCGCGUACGCCAGCAUUGGCUCGCUGACGGGCGUCUUCAAGGAGACCGGGGCCCUGGACCUGCUGAUGAAGAAGCUGUGGAAAGAGGAGAAGCAAAUCCGUCGCAGCGCCGGCAAGAUGCUGAGGGCCCUGGCUUCACACGACGCAGUCCGCUCCAUCUUCCAGCCCAAGGCUCCCGCCUGCGCCGCCGUCCAGGUGCCUCUGGUCACACCAAAGCCCUCCCCGCGCAAAAAGCAGGGCCCCGGGUUCUUGACUUUGUCCGACUUCGCCAGGCGCAGUAGCUACGUGGAGUACGUGCAGGAGAGCCUCAAGCCGGGGAUGAUGGUGCGCAUGAUGGAGGACUACGAGGAGAUCAGCGCUGGGGACGAGGGCGAGUUCCGGCAGAGCAAUAACGGGAUGCCCCCCGUGCAGGUUUUGUGGCAAUCUACAGGCCGGACUUACUGGGUGCACUGGCACAUGGUGGAGAUUAUUGGUGCCGGAGAGCAGCCUGAAGAAACUGCUGCCCAGGAAAAGGUAUCCAGUCUGACCGAGAACUUGACGUUAACCACAGUGACCCAGACGUUUUACUGCAAGCCCCUUGGGGGGCUGUACUCCCUGCCCUACCUGACGGAGCGGCUGAGCGAGGACUCGGAGGCCCUGAGCCGGGCCGAGUGGUGGGAGCUGCUCUUCUUCGUGAAGAAGCUAGACCCGCACGAGCAGCAGGAGAUCGCCCAGCUCAUCCGGCAGCACCAGGAGGAGCAGGUGUGGGAUGGCGUGGUGCAGGGGAGGGAGAAGGACCUGGGGGGAAUAGGGAACUGGGAGGUGAGAGAUACCAUGGAGCGAAGCGGGAGAACAGGACAAGAGAAUUGGGCUUGUUUGGUUCUGGCUGGCCUGGGGACAUCCUGGUGUUGGGCUCUGAAGGUGCUGGUGGGCGCCGGGACCUGCGAGCUGCUGGGUGCCAGCGAGAAGCCCUAUCCCCUGAACCACGCCGAUGCCCCGAUGAUGUGGGAGAUCUUCGCCAGCAUCGGCUCCGCCUCCAGCAAGGACUCGGACAGCCUGCUCUGCGCCCUGCCUGCCGCCAUCCGCACCAUGCAGGGCACUGCUGGGGCCUCGUCGGCCGUGCAGAACGGCCUGCUGGUGGCCGGCCUGCUGAUCGACAGCCACCGGGGCCUGGCCGAGCAGCUGGUGAGCUGUGACAUCCACUCGGCCCUGCAGAGCUGCUGCCAGGGGGGCCAGGACCCCACCGCCCCCAGCCACGCCACCGAGACGCUGGCCCAGAUCGCGCUCAGCCGCCUGGCGGAGCACCAGCUCCCCACGAACCUGGACACGGCAGGCUGCCUCAUCAUCCAGAUCCUGAAAGGGGAGAAGGAGCUGCACAUUGAUAACCUGGUGUUCAAGGUGAUCGACGCCUGUCAGAAAUGGGAGUCUGGCCCUGCCCUGAAGUUCCUCAGCUUCUGCUGCAGCAGCACGGACGUGCUGUCCUGCACCCUGCACCUGCUGAGCCAGGGCUACGUGCGGCGCCAGGAGGACAACCCCCAGCUGCUGGAGUACGUCUCCACGGAGCCCACGACACCUCACCGGGGCCAGGCCCAGGUCAUUUUCCGUAGCACAGAGUGCCUGAGGGGGCAGGACAAGGGCAGCAAGUUCUCCCCGUUCAGGCUGGAUGCCCAUGGAGUCGGUCCGGAGGCGGUCCUGAUGGAGACCCUGCUGCUGCCUAUGGGGCGCACCAUGAGUCAGGAGGAGGUGCAGGUGCUCAUGAACCAGACGGUGAAGCAGGUCCUGGACACCCUGAGUGUCUCAGCUGAUAGAGCCCAGCAUCUGCUCAUUCACUGCAAGUGGAACGUGGACCUGCUGAUCGAGCGCUACACUGAGGACCCCGAGCUGCUGCUGAUUUCCUCAGGGCUGCAAGUGCAGAACCCCCAGCCACCCCCGAGUCCCGUCACCCACUGUCCAGUGUGUGUGAGCCAGCUGUGCACAGACGACAGCCCUCCCACCCUCUGCUGCAUGCACUACUGCUGCAAGUUCUGCUGGAAUAAAUAUCUGACGACUUGCAUCGAGCAGAACCUGGUUCAGAACUGCACCUGUCCCAUCCCUGACUGCCCUGCGCAGCCCACCACGGACUUCAUCCGCUCCAUCAUCUCCUCUCCGGAGGUCAUUGCCAAGUACGAGAAAGCUCUCCUGCGAGGCUACGUGGAGUGCUGCUCCAACCUGACCUGGUGCACCAACCCCCAGGGCUGCGAUCAGGUCCUUUGUAAGGAGGGACUCGGCUGCGGAGAGGCCUGCUCCAAGUGCUGCUGGAUAUCCUGCUUCAACUGCAAUUUCCCAGAGGCUCAUUACCCUGCCAGCUGCAGCCACAUGUCCCAGUGGAUGGAUGACGGUGGGUACUAUGAAGGGAUGACAGUGGAAGCCCAGAGCAAACACCUGGCCAAACUCAUCUCUAAGCGCUGCCCCAGCUGCCAGGCUCAGAUAGAGAAAAACGAGGGCUGUCUACAUAUGACCUGUGCCAAAUGCAACCAUGGAUUUUGCUGGCGUUGUCUCAAGCCCUGGAAGCCAACGCACAAGGAUUAUUACAAUUGUUCUGCCAUGGUGAGCAAAGCAGCUCGGCAGGAGAAGCGUUUCCAGGACUACAAUGAGAGGUGCACUUUCCAUCAUCAAGCGAGGGAAUUCGCUAUGAACCUAAGAAACCGAGUUUCUGCCAUCAGCGAGGUGCCGCAGAUUCGAACCUUGACCUUUGUUGUGGAUGCCUGCAAAGUCCUGGAACAGGCCCGGAAGGUGCUGGCUUACUCCGCUGUCUACAGCUACUACAACCAGGACACCGAGAAGAUGGAUGUCAUGGAGCAACAGACGGAGAACCUGGAGCUACACACCAAUGCUCUGCAGAUCCUUCUGGAGGAGACUCUGCUGCAGUGUCAAGACCUGGCCUCCUCCAUUCGGCUGUUCAAAGCCGAGCAUUUUAACACUGGCCUGGAGCUGGUGCGCAGGAUCCAGGAGCGGCUCCUCGCCAUCCUGCAGCACUCCACUCAGGAUUUCCGCGUCGGCUUCCAGGCCCGGCCAGGCUCCGACCAGAGGGAGAUGAAGUUGUCAAAUGUGCCUAAUGCCGCCCCACCUUACAAAGAGCUGAAGUUCGAUGGGGCGUCCGACUCCCCUGACACAGACGAGGGGGCCAAAGAGGAGGAGGAGGAGGAAGAUGAGGAGUACGUCCCGGAGUGGCAGGAGGAGUAUGAUGAUGAAGACCUUGAUGACGACAACUUUUCCUAUGACGAUGAAUCGGAGAAUCUAGAGCGCGAUUCCUUCUUCUUUGACGACGAGGAUGAAGCUUAUGACUAGAGGGGGCUCAGCAGCACGGGGGCCCAUCUUAGAGCCUAACGUGACGCCACCUCUCCUCUGCCAGCCAGCUCUGCACACACCACCACUCCCUGCUCUGCCCCAGCCAUGCUCGGGGGCCCCCAAACACCAGCAGGGGCUGUUCGCUAGUUUCCAAUAAAGGGAAGUUUCCUUUUAGGGCUGGUUGCUCCGUGACUCUGUUGAACUUGCUUGGCCACUGUCCCUGGGCCCAGGUCCCAAUGCUCUUACCAGCCCUGGCAAGAGGGGACUACCUGUUACCUCUGCUCCUUUCCUAGCACGUACCCUCCGGCAUACGGCUGGCCCCAGUGGAUCUCAGCAGAGCAGCAGCUGGCAGCCUGCAAUGGGGGCAGCUGUUUCCUUGAAGGCCUGGCCCCUGGGGAGGGUGGACAGGCCCAGUUGGGGGUGUGAAGGGAUGUGCUGUGUGCAGUGCCCCAUCCCUUCCCCAGUAAUACCGUUCCCACCUGCCUGGCUUCUGCCGUCUCAGCCCGGCAUGCCAGGAAAUAGCAUCUCCCAGCCCGGGGGCGGAUCCCACACGCGGACUCCUGGUGCCAGCAGUGCCUCUGGAAGUAACGUGCUGCCUCUGGCCCUGGGUGAACUCGCCGGUCACACUCGGUGAGUGAGAAUUUCACAGUGCGGGGCCACUCCCAUCCGCUGCACUGCAUCUUCCAGAAUGGGGGCAGGCCCGGCAGGGCAAUGCACACGGCAGCAGGGGGAGAUGGGGACGGUUCUCAAACUGAGUGUCCAAACUGGAACCAAAGUGCCCCCCGGAGCUGCCUGGGGGCUUGGCGCGGCCACCCCAGCCCGGCCCAGCUGUGUGUGUUUUGGGCCUGGAGGGGCGCGUUGUCUGUAACUGCAUUUUUGCUCAUUUACCAUUGGAGCUGUGGCCUUCUCUGGCGUGAAGGGGGGUUGUGCGGGAAGGCUGUAUAGAUAGUAUAAAUAUAUAUAUAUAUGUGCAGAAGCUGUCAUUGUUCACAGAUUAUGCUUUAUCUUUCUGGAAAAGAAAAACCCUACAGAUACAACUUCCGUUUAUGAAAUAAACGGCUUUUCUUCUA